UUUGCAAAUAAAUAGCAAAUUGCGUCGACUUUUAGGCAAAUCUAGGCAACAUCCGAAUACUCAAAGAAAGCAUGAGCGAUUUCAAAACAGAACAAAUCGCAAAUUUUACAUUAGCUCUGGCAACAGCUUUUGAAAUUCUGGCGGAAUAUCGCGAGUCAAAGCUGGGAGCUAAUUGUAAUCAAGCAAUAAUGUUGAUAACGGACGGAUCACAAGAUAAUUACAAAGAUGUUUUCGAAAAGUACAAUUGGGACAAUCUUCCAGUCGUAACUGUGAGAUUAUUUACCUAUCUUGUGGGACGAGAGGUGAGCGAUCCAAGGGAUGUUAAGUGGAUGGCUUGCGCCAAUCAAGGCUACUACGUUCAUCUGAGCACAUAUGCAGAAGUGCGCGAAGAAGUUCUGCACUACAUUCCAGUAAUGGCACGACCAAUGGUACUAAAUGCUAACCAAAAGCCAAAUCCAGCAUGGUCACCAGUAUACGCGGACGUUACCGACCCGAAACUGACCAACUGGUUGUGGGUUAAUAGACAAAGAUUUACUCAGCGAGAUAGAUAUCUCAUAUUUAGUAAAUACAAGGAUUUGAUGUCUCCAAAUGAGAUCGAUAAGAAGUUUGUUCAUCAACAGAAACUGAAACAAGACCAUUAUGGAGAGACUCAAACUUACAACCUGAUGACUUCCGUGUCAUUACCAGUAUAUGACAAAAAACCCCGUCAGGAGAGAGUGGCAAAUUUAUUAGGCGUAGCUGGUACUGAUGUUCCAAUAGAAUAUAUACAAAGAUUAAUGCUUCCACACAGAUUGGGUGUAAACGGUUAUGGUUUUAUUGUCACAAAUAAUGGCUAUAUUUUGACUCAUCCGGACCUUAGACCUGUGUACCAAGGUAUAUUGAAACCGGCGUACAAUCGGGUAGAUUUCAUGGAGGUUGAAAUACUCGAUGACGACAGUGAGCCUAGAAGAUUUAAUGAAGAAAUACGGGACUUGCGAAAGAAAAUUAUUAUGCAGAAAAAAGGAAAUAUAACGCUGAGGGUCAAGAGCCAUUUAGAUGACAUUAAACGCAUCCAUAUAAGUAACCGUUAUUAUUACUACAGAGGAAUCAAUGACACACCGUUUAGUUUAGUUAUUGUGUUACCUGAUAAAUAUGGCUUCUAUGGGGUGUUACCUUCUGUAGAAAAUGAUAUUCACAGGCUAAGGUCCAACGAUAAAGGGCCACACACUCUAGCUCAAUUUUUUAAUGGCAAUUGGGCUAUCCAUCCCGAAUGGCACUACUGCAAAGACCUAGAUGACAAGCAUUACUUUGAAACAGCAGAGGAAGAAUUUUUGUAUUUCCUAAAGAAAAUGGACCGGCCUGGAUGGAAAUGGUCUCGAGAGUGUGACCGUAAGUUGAUCACUAAAGUGGUAGCUGAUGCAAAAACUACAGUGUGGUUUAGUGAAAACAUCACAACCACUACUAAAGAAGAUAAGGGACCUAUGUCUAUAUUGAUGGCUCUGAUAUCCAGAGCUCAAUUAAUAAAACAAUAUGGAAUAGUGGUAGCUUUUAUGGCUACCCACAGUGGACUUACCAGAUGGCAAACUUUUCCGCAAAACAUAGACAACACUAUCUAUGAAAGACAUUUCCAUCACGUACACAAUAGGGCAAUUGAUGAAGUUUGGUACAAAAGAGCUGUAGAACAUUCAUACGUAGAUGCUGGCGCCUAUGUUUAUUCAGUUCCUCAUGAAGCUGGUAAGCUACAUACAGGGUGGCUUUUUUAGUGCCAGAGAGUCCAUUAUUUCCGUUG